ACCAGACCCGCCGCCUGCGAGAGCAUGAGUGAGCAGGAGAGGGAGGCAGAGGAGGAUGAGGGAGGGGACGCCUCAGACACGGCGCCCAUGCUGCCCCGCUGGCGUCCCGCCCACCAGGCGUCCGCCCCGCUGUCCUCCGGGUGGGCAGGCGUGGCUGCCCGAGGCCUCAGGACGCUGCUGCUGCCCGGCCAACUUCUGUCCCAGCUCCUGCUCCACCUGCUGCUUCCUGCAACCGUGUUCCUGCUGCUGCUGAUGCCGGCAGCCGCCCUCAUCUACCUGGGAUUCCUGUGCCACUCCAAGGUCCACCCGGCGCCGGUCCCCACGUGCCGCGCGCUGCUCUCCGACCGCAGCUCCGCGACGCUCAUCGUGCUGGGCUUCCUCUCGCUGCCUCCGCUGCUGGUGCUCGCCUCUGCCACCCGCGCCCGCCUGGCCCGGCGCCUCCGCCCGCUGCUGCCGCCCCCCAUGUGGACCCCUGGGCCCCGCCGACACCCAGGGUCCAGCGACGGCGUGCGGACAGAACGCCACCCCGAUGGGGAGGAGCAGCUCUGCGCCUGGGUGUGACCCCAGAGGCCCUUCCAAGUCCCGGGAGGCCCCCGAAGCCCGCCCCCGGUAGCCCCCCUAAAGUGGCCCCAGGCCGGCGAGCUCGACGGCUGCGUCCAGGUCCCGCGAAGUCGCCUGCGUGCUUCCGGCUCGUGCGCAGUGCUCCGAGCGGCCGCGAGAUGGCGCUGGACUCCCUGGAAACUGGGGGGCGGGGGGGGGGGGAUCAGCGCGUCCCCACUCGCGUGGGCACCCCUGCCGCGGAGGCGCUGGAAAGCCUCCCCGAGGCGGGGUGGCUCCCAGAGAGGGCGCGCGUCCCGGCUCCCGGGAAGGCGGCCUUUGGGGUUUCUGCCGCUGUGGCUGCCCUGGGCUCCUGCCGCCUCGCAAAGGACGGCCCCUGCGGGCCCUGUCCGGUCAGCCAGGGGCCUCCAGCAGGGCUCCGAGACUUCCGCACUCGCCGGAGAGCUCGCUCCCAGAAGCUCGGCGACGGCCGGCCGCGCCGGGGCCCGCUCGGCUCGGACUAAGGCCAGGGCCCGGCUCGGUCGGUUCUCUCUGCAUAAUUUUAAGAUCCGUGUCUUCUGUAUUCUGUUCUAUGCUUUAAGCUUGUUUCUGGGUAUGGGUGCGUUUUUAACUAUCCGUUUGGUAUGCGCGGUGUUUCCCGUUCCUGGGGAUUCAUGCAUUUCAUCGGUUCCGGAGGAGUCUCAACUAGUGUCCCUGGAGUUCUGGCUGUCAGUCAUUGCACGCGUCCUUGGGGGACACGUCGCCCUCCCCCCGGACCGCACUCUUAACUCGUCCCCCCUGUGUUUUCCGUCUCAUCCUCCCUCUCCGCUGCCUUGUGGGCCAGCCCCUCAGCUCCCUCUUCCAGCUCCCGUUCACUCGCUGCGCCCAAUCUGCCCAUUAACUCGUCCAUUUAAUUUUCGGUUACGAUACCUAAAGGUUACACUUGCUUCCUUUUUAACUCUGAUCACUUCUGACGGUCUCUUGGUGGCGCGCUUGACCUGUGGACUCCAGCUUCGCUGUCUUGACCAGGUCACUGUUAUUUUAUACUCCGUCCCUAACAAUUCCAAUUUGUUAGUCUUGGGGGUCUAACUUUGUUAUGUGUUACUUUCGCUGAUUCUCACGAAUAGCGUAUUGUUUCUCUGAAAGUUUGCUAAUGCUCACGGUCAGCCCACACCUGUGAAAAUUCUGAGGCCUGCCCUGGCUGUUGUGGCUCGGUGGACUGAGCGCUGGCCUGCAGACCGAAAAGUCACCAGUUCAAUUCCCUGUCAGGGCACGUGCCUGGGCUGC